AUGGCACCGAGUAAAAACGUCAACGCCGGGCCAACACGACCUCCUACACCGAAACCUGUGCGGAACAGAAUAUCAUUUGCGGAUGUCGUUCGCUCUCAAGACACCUCGGGAUCAUCGUCGGGACCGGAACCAAUGAGCAGUCCAACGCUGUCUCGCAUGUCUUCGACGCUUUCAUCAGAAGAAUCGAUAACGGGAAUUUUCCGAUUUGAUUUGGAGAUCUCGCGUUGUCUCCCACGAAAAAAACAUCAAUAG